UGCACUCCACCCCAUCCUUAUCCCACCACCGCCACCACCACAUCCACCACCACUCCCCAUGCCAACCCACACCCAAAAUAAAAUAUUCUGACGCUGACUCUAGAGAAGCUCCCAUCUCGAUCCCUCCACCUAAAUCCAUGACCGCCGGCGGUGCAACGGAGCGCCACACCGGCCCGCCGCUGGCCCCGGCGGUGAGGAAGCCCGCCCCCGGCCAGCCGUGGUCCCACCUCGAGACGGUCCACCUCAUCGAGGCCUACGAGGAGAAGUGGUACUCUCUGAAGCGGGGGCAGCUCAAGGCCCAGCAGUGGGAGGAGGUCGCCGCCGCCGUCGCCGCCCGCUGCGGCUUCGACGGGCUCUCCAAGAACGGUACCCAGUGUCGCCACAAGAUCGAGAAGCUCCGCAAGCGCUACCGCGCCGAGCGCCUCCGCCCCACCGCCUCCGCCUGGCCCUACUUCGAACGGAUGGACCGCAUGGAGCGCGGGCCACUCCCUAUCUCUAUCCGCCCCCCGCCCUCUCCAGCCGCAGCCGCCACUGCCGGCGGCCCCUCCAGAGGGGUGGAGGGGACUGCGAACAACACCAGGAGCAUCCACGGCAUCCUUCGGGAGGGCAUAUGGGGGUUUUCUAGGGUUUCGAGGAACCCCAGGUCCAGAAAAAGGCGAGCUUUUGAGGAGGAGGAGGAGGACGACGAUGACAACGACAAAGAGGAGGAAGAGGAGGGGGAGGGAGGGCGAGGGGAGGCGCUGUCGCAGCUGGCAGCGGUCGUGAGGAGGUUCGGAGAAGGGCUGGUGAGGAUGGAGAAGAGGAGGAUGGAGAUGCUCAGAGAGGUAGAGAGGGAUUGGAUGGAGAUGGAGGCGAAGAGGGCCGAAAUGGUGAUGGAGUCGCAGCGAUUCCUCGUGGAUACCAUUGCCAACGCUUUCUCGUCCCUAAAGAAGGCCAAGAAUUCCCCGGAUUUAUGAGAAUCCCAGGUCUUGCACUCCCCCGACCCUUUUGUCCUUUUGAUGAUUUUUUUUUCCUAAUAAACAACUUUUGGGAGGAGAUAGCUUAUCUAGCCUUUUACUGUUUUUUUUGUUUUGUUUUGUUUAGUUAAAUUAUGCCUUUUUUUUGGUUUUUUCGACACCCAUGCCGCGAUGGGGACUGUGGGAAUUGAAUAAUAUUAUGAUUUUAUUGUUGGCAAUUGGUUUUGAUCUGUUGCUGAAGACA